AUGGCGUCAGGUUUAUUCGUCAAUCCUGCUACCCUACUUAAUGUUGUUCCCGUUAUCUCUUCCACUUGCCAGUUGUGGUUUGGUUGGGACCAGUACGAAUUUCUGCAAUUGUUUCUCAAACGGGACAUACAGGCCCAGAGCAACCAACUACUACCAUCAUAUUUCACUACGUUUUUUAAUCGGGGUGCACCGCGGGUAGGAGGACUUCUUCUCACCACCAUCGUUUCAUCAGCCGCCAACCUGCGCUACGCACCUGGAAACCUCUUGCACGAACGUGGAUCAUUCAUCUGGUAUUCGGCGGCCAUUGGUUUUGCCCUCGGUCACCUCACUUACUUCCCCUUCAUUUUCCCUCAUAUCCGAGCUAUCACCAGCGAUGCUAAGGAGAAAAACGUUACUGAACUCAAGAACUGGCUCUACGUUCAUAAUUGGCGGACUUUGACAGUUGACCUAGCAGGUUGGGUCUGUUGCAUCGUUGCAACUGUUAAGACACUUUCCCCCGUUUCCGCAAAUGGCAAUUGA